CCCUUUUGCUGUGCCCAGUCCCCGAGACUUCCCUCCUUCCUUGGCAGCUUCAGGGGACUACGGCAGGAAAGCUGCCCCCGUGCAGGAUGCUGGGAAGACGUUCAGCCUGAAACAGCCUGAGAAUGAACUGACGACCUUUUCCGUAUUUGAUAACCAGGUGCUAAUACUGCAAAGCCCCUUGCUGGUGUGAGGAUUCUCGAUCUAACAAGAGUCCUUGCGGGGCCUUUUGCUACCAUGAAUCUGGGAGAUCUUGGAGCGGAAGUUAUUAAAGUGGAAAAACCUGGAUCUGGGGAUGAUACAAGAUCCUGGGGACCACCUUUCAUUGGAAUGGAAAGUGUUUAUUUUCUCAGUGUAAACAGAAACAAAAAGAGCAUAGCUGUUAAUAUGAAGAAUCCCAAAGGAGCAAAGAUCAUUAAACAGCUCGCAGCUGUCAGUGACGUGUUUGUGGAAAACUAUGUCCCUGGGAAACUGGCUGAAAUGGGCUUAGGAUAUGAAGAUAUUAGCAAGAUUGCUCCUCACAUUGUUUACUGUUCAAUAACAGGCUAUGGUCAAACUGGUCCAAAGUUUCAGCGACCAGGCUAUGACUCUGUUGCAGCUGCUGUUUCUGGCCUCUUGCAUAUCACCGGACCUGAGGAAGGUGAGCCAGUUAGACCAGGAGUAGCUAUGACUGAUCUUGCUACAGGACUGUAUGCGUAUGGAGCAAUUAUGGCUGCACUUCUUCAGAGACAUAAAACAGGGAAGGGUAUGCACAUGGAUUGCAAUUUGCUGUCCUCUCAGGUUGCCUGUCUUACUUACAUAGCAAGUAAUUUCCUGAAUUGCAAAACAGAACCCAAACGAUGGGGCACGGCUCAUGCCAGUAUCGUUCCUUACCAAGCUUUCAAAACAAAGGAUGGCUACAUUGUAGUGGGAGCUGGAAAUGAUCAACAGUUUUCCACUGUGUGCAAGAUCCUGAAUUUGUCCCAAAUCAGCAGUGAUUCCCGAUAUAAAAAUAACAAGGAGCGUGUAAUGAAUAGGAAAGAACUCAUUGAAGUUUUAUCAGCCAGGUUUUUGGAAAAGGAGACCACCGAAUGGCUAGAACUCUUUGAAGGCAGUGGUGUUCCAUAUGGUCCAAUCAACAGCAUGCAGCAGGUGUUCUCGGAUCCUCAGGUUCUGCACAAUGAACUUAUCAUGGAAAUGGAUCAUGCAACUGCAGGCAAGAUAGCUGUCCCAGGCCCAGCUGUAAGGUACAGCCACUUUGAAGUCUCCAGACCAACUCCACCUCCUCUUGUUGGUCAACAUACAGUGGAUGUAUUGAAGACGGCUCUGGGAUAUAAGGAUGAUACCAUACAGGAACUGCUCACCUCCAGAGUAAUAACGCAACAUGAACUCAUAUAAAUGGAUUUGGCUUCUGAUCCUGAUGGAGAAGAAACUUUCUCAUUCCUACUAGUGAGUGAUUCCGCACACGUUGGAUAAUGCAAUUCCAGUCCUCUUUAUAGAUCAUUUGGAAUGGAUUUUUUUGUGUGCGGAACAAAAAAUCCACCUCAAACAAUUAAUAAAGUGCAUUGAAAGUGCAUUAUCCAACGUGUGCGGAAUCAGCCAGUAUCUCUUCCAGUUUGACAACCUAAUGUUGAUUAAGUUCUCUUUUUUAUAAUCAGAAGCACAUUCAGCACAAAAUAUCAGUCUGUAAGGUUCCCCUCCAGUUUUGCAGCUUAAAAGGUACAAUUGUGUAUUUUGCUAAAAUCCAGUUGCCAAAUGGUUAUAUGGCUAAUCACUUCCCCAGAUUUGUUUUUGUAAACUAGGGAAUAUAAUUUGCACCAGAAUUUUAACUAUCCUCAGCAUUAGCUCCCCAUAGAGAUACAGUAAAGGGGGCAAAUACUUGUAAUACUUGCUUUCAUUUUUUGCUAUCUGCUUCUUUCUCAUAUGAAACCAAGAUUAGGAACAAAUGGAUGUUCUCCAUGAUUAAUUUUAAUAGGAAGCUGAACAUAUUGUUAAUCUGUAAUGUAAGCCAUGGAGAAAGAGGCCAUUGUAAAAUUAACCACAUUUAAAUUAAAUUAACCAUGUUCUAUU